CACAACAGAGGCUUCAUCAGACCUCCCAGUGGCACAUUAGUCGAGUGGCCAGAUCUCAGCAGUAAGCUUUUCCUCACAUCAUGAUGGACCGUCACUCCAACCAGACCACAAAUGGCACAACCAGAAUGAGUUCUUUGGAUCUUUUUACCAUUUCACUCCACGGGAUGGUCUCUACCAUCGGCAUCAUUGAAAACCUCCUCAUCCUGGGAGUGGUGGCCUUCCAUGUCCGCCGCUCCGUCAUCAGCAUCUGGAUCCUGAACCUGGCGGCGUCAGACCUGCUCGCCACGGCCUCCCUGCCUUUCUUCACCGUCUACCUGGCCAGGGGAAGCACCUGGACCAUGGGAAGAAGCUUCUGCUGCAUCCACUCCUCCAUCUUCUUCCUCAACAUGUUUGUGAGCGGCUUCCUGCUGGCAGCUAUUUCCAUGGACCGGUGCCUGAUGGUGCUGAAACCUGUCUGGAGCCAGAACUACAGAAAUAUCAAAUUAGUCAGCAAGAUCUGCGCGGUGAUUUGGGCCAUGGCUGUGAUCUGCACGAUUCCCUUCUACAUGUUCCGCGACAUCAUUCCCACCCCCAGCGGCAAAAUCCUCUGCUACUACAACUACAAACUAUUCCCCCCUCACAAGCAGUGUGACAUGAAGGCUUUGGAAAACCAGCGCAAGCAAGGCCUGGCUUUCAUGAAGUUCUUCAUGGCCUUCCUGAUCCCUCUGUUCAUCAUCGUCUCCAGCUAUGUCGCUGUGAGCACCAGCCUGGCCCGCAGAGGCUGCCAGCGGCCUUUCCGGUUCGUCCGGCUUGUCUUUGCUGUCGUUGUGAGCUUCAUUGUCUGCUGGGCACCGUACCACAUCUUCAUCCUCAUGGAGAUAUUGACCACCGUCGAAAAUCCAGUUAAUCAGUUUGCAAAGAGGGCCCUUCCGGUUGCUACGACCAUUGGUUUCCUCAACAGCGUCCUGAACCCCGUCCUGUACGUGUUCAGCUGCCCGGACCUGUGCCGUAAGAUCAGGCAUUCCCUCGGGGCGGUGAUGGAAAGCGUGCUGGCGGAGGAUCUGGUGGAGCUGACCCGGCGCCGCAGCACUGUUCAUAGCGCCAUCAGCAACUCUGAGACUGGUCUGAGGAAAAAAAGUUCAGUGGCGAUGUUAGCUCUGAAAGGAGAGGAGCAAGUGCACACCGAAAGUUUCAGUAACUAGUGUUAGGAUUUUAUGAAAUUGUUAAAGGUAUGAGGGUUUUUUUCUAUAAGAUUGUACACUGAUGGUUGCUCUCAGUGCAGAACCACUUCCUGUUUUUAUGACCAGACUGAUUAGCUCAGUUAGGUGAGGACGGUGAAGAGGAACGGGUGUUUAAGAUUGAUUGGUCCUCUCCUGUUUUUCUCUGAGUUUUAGUUGUCGUAGAUCUUUGCUGGGUUGGCAUGUCGGAUUAGAGAUAAACAGAAAUAUAUGGCUGAAAGUGUGACAUGUUUAAGUUUCUUUCCUUGCAGUUGGCCUCCCAGAUAAGGUUCAACAGAUAAGGUUUAACAUCGGCUCCUACAAUGUACAAAGCACCUCCAUUUUUCAGUAUGAAUAUGACUGGAUUGAUGACCACAGUGUGCAUUUCUCUCCUACCUCUGUGGUUUGAGAAAAGUGUACCUCCGGCUGGAAAACAU